UUUGCAACGAGAUCAAGUUAGAGAGCGUGACAUCAACGAUAUAUAUACAUAAUUUAUUGAUAGAGCGCGUGGCGGUGUCACAACGGAGUUCCUUAAUUAUACGUUAAUAGCAAGCUUAUAAGUCGCCAGUACCGGAAGCCGAAGGAUCAAUUUUUUUUCAAUCUUCGUGCCCGAAAGUUGGACAUGAAAAAAUCUCGUCGGCUCGAAGCAACAAGUACGACGUCGCGCGAGCUCCUGCAUUGUUAUUAAGUUGUGCAAAAGCGAGCGCUUUGACGCACAUAGAAAAUAUGAUCACGAGUGCGGUCUCCUUAACGUGCAUCAAUCUCCUGCUCUGUUUUCUGCGAGUUUCAGCGAGAGCUGCAACCUCUAGCCAGUCUCUGUGCAGUACUUCGCCGGACCAGUGCCAGAGAAAAUGCACGACCGCGGCAUGUUUGGCCGAAGCUGCUCGCCUGAUCGACAUCAUCGACGAGAGCGUCGAUCCUUGCGACAACUUUUAUCAAUUCGUCUGCGGCAAUUUCAUGAAAAAGCAAAACAUAUCGGACGAGUCGAUAACGAUCAAUCCGUUCAGUAUAGCCCAGUCGAAGAUACUGAGGGAGCUGUUUCGAGAACUUCGGGAAAGAGUCAAGCCCAACGAGCUGAGUGCCUUUAAAAAAGUCAAAAUCUUUUAUGAAAACUGCAUCAACGUACGUCGCAUCGAAAGAGAUGGCACCGAGCCUUUUUUCAAGAUUUUUAGGGCUUUUGGCGGUUGGCCGGUUUUACAAGACAAAUCUCAAUGGGAUGAAAAUACGUGGAACUGGUCAGAGAGUAUUAAUAAAUUAGGGGAAAAGUUUAUCUUGAUAUUUCCUGUUAUCAUUGCUGUUCAGCCGGAUAAUAGAAAUUCGUCGAGAAACAUUAUUAAGUUACUCAGUUUUCAUGACGCACUCCUAGCAACAUUUUUAGACAAUUCAGAUAACGAUCUUUACAAGGCCUAUCGUGAUUUCAUGAUUAACGUUACAGUAAAACUAGGUGCUAAUAGAGAUUUCGCUAAACUGGAAAUGCAAAAAGUUCUCGAGUUCGAAAAACAAUUUUAUCAACUUUCUAAAUUAAAAAAUGAAACAGAAACGGAAAGUUAUAUAUCAAUCAAAGAUUUGUCGAACAAAUAUUCGGCGAUUCCAUGGUUAAAGGUGAUUAACGACACACUCAGUGAAAUAGUUAUCGAUGAAACUGAAAUAAUUAGUGUGGUCAAUGCGGAUUUUUUGCCAAAAUUGGAAGACCUGCUCAAGACAACUCCGCAAAGAGUUAUAGCUAAUUAUUUAGGUUGGCAAAUUGUACGAUCAAUUUUGCCAUUCAGUCCACGAGAUUUCAGAAAUUCGGUGCAAGAAUUUCAGGCAAAAAUCGAUGGGGCCAAAAAAAGUAUCGACUUUCCUUCCCAGUGUUUAAAUGAAAUUAUGCAGCUAUUUCCGAUAGCUAUAGGAUCUAUGUAUAUUAGGAGAAAUUUCAAUAAGCAAAUGAUAUCUAAUGUUUCUGAUAUGAUUGAACACCUCAGAAGGUUAAUCGGAAUGAGUUUGCAGGCAGUUGAUUGGAUGGAUGACAAAACUCGCACAGCAGCUUUGGAAAAGCUAUCGUCUAUGAAUUUUUCAAUUGGCUACGUCGAAGAAUUGAUGAACGAUGUAUUGAUUGAGAAUUACUACAAGGAUCUUCAGAUUCAUCGUGGAAGUUCAUUAGAGAGCGCUUUAAAUGUCACGCGUUUCUUAUACAGACACAAUCAAAAAAAAUUGAGAAAAAAAGCUAGGGAUGUGUCCAAUUGGACUUUCAAUCAAAACGUCGCUUGGGUCAAUGCUUUCUACACAUUGCGGCGAAAUACAAUAGAAAUUCCACUUGGAUUUUUAAGGGCAUUUUACCGAUCGAAUAGACCUCAAUAUUUAAAUUAUGGGUCAGUAGCUAGCUCGAUAGCGCAUGAAAUAUUUCACGGUUUCGAUACCCAUGGUCGAAAAUAUGAUAAAUAUGGCAACGAAAAUAAUUGGUGGGACACUGCAACGGAAAAAGAAUUCUUUAAAAAGACUGAAUGUUUCAUCGACCAGUACAACAAUUUUACAGUCAAAGAAGUUGGACUCAAUGUAAACGGAGUAGUAACUCAAGCAGAAAACAUUGCCGAUAAUGGUGGUUUCCGAGCUGCGUAUUACGCUUAUAACGAUUACACCAUCAGCAAUAAGAUUACCGAACCUGGUCUCGCAAACCUAGAUUAUACGCCCAAACAAUUAUUUUGGAUAAGCGCAGCGAGUACUUGGUGCAGUAAAAAGCGGCCAGAGUAUCUAAAAAAUCUAUUGUCCUCGGAUACGCAUAGUCCCGAAAAUGCAAGAGUUAUCAUAUCAUUUUCCAAUGUCAAAGAGUUUGCCCAAGAUUUUAAAUGCCCAUUAGGCUCGAGAAUGAAUCCAGAAAAAAAAUGUGUAAUUUGGUAA